AUGGCAGCUCAAAGUGGAGAGUUGCAAUGCUCAGUGGCACCAGUGGGGGCGCUACACCCUGUUCAGGGUUUGCUGGAGAGGUUUGAGGUUGGUUUGGGCUGCGCUGCAAGAGAAAGUGGCAACAAGGAGACUCAUGUCAUUGCUGUGGGGAGAGUUACGAACAGCCCCGAUAAUAAGGUGACGGUCAUGCUGAAGCCCUUGUCUCUGUCCCCUUCACCUCUCAGAGCCCUCCACCUGCUGCUCAGCUCCAAGCUCCCAGUCAGCUGGUGGCUGGAGGCUGAGAGACUGUCCCCUGACCUGCCGGUGCUGGUGCAGGUGUCCAGCAACUCCAGCGUAGAGUCCCUCACCCUACGUCUGCAAGUCCAACCGGUGCAUUCACUACCUUUCCGCCCACGCGCACUGCACCGCUGGGCUCUGAAGCACCAUGGCAACCUGUCCUCUCUAACACACACAACGCAUGGCAAUCGAGCAUAUGUCCGACUUGGAGAGGAUCCAACCCUGCCCGCUGUGUGCCAGCUGCAGUCUAUGUUCCUCUCUAACAACUACAUGACCUCUGACCUGCAGCCACAGGAAGUGCAGGGCUGCACCCACGUGGCUGCAGGUGGGAACAGCCCCGAAAUUCACGUGAUUAAGCUCCAUUCAGCGGGCUCAGGACUCUGUGGCUCUCUGCAGGUGGAGGUGAUAGUCUCUCUUGUGCCCCCGAUGGCCAGUUGGAAGACACAGAAGGUUGUGUUGAUUCUCAGCAGCUCGAUGCCAGUCAACUGGGCCAUUAUUGCUCAUGGUGUCCGGGGUCACGUCUCUGUUUAUUCCUCCAACAGUGUAUCCCCACCCUACCCACCUGAGCCUGACCUGACCCUUUCCAGUAUACUGAACUCCGACCUGUCCACCUUACCUGACCUUCUUGUCUGGGCCAGUGAGAGCGGCUACACCAAGGUGACCUCAUACACUGAGGCUGACCUGGCCAAUCGCUUUGUGAUCCAGCUGGCUGGGGGCAGGACAGGUCAGGACCCCUUGCAUCCUGUGGUUGGGCGGCCUAACUGGGCUGACGAGCGCAGGCUGAGAGAGUGGCUGAAUGGUGGCGGCAGAGUGGGAGGAGGCCGAGAGAGUUUCACAGUGCAGUGUGACGACGGACGCCUCAGUAUGACCGUGGACCAACAAAUCCUGCAGAGCUUAUCUGUCCCAGUGGCUGCCGUGACUCUGCGAGACCCAACAUGCCAGGCUCAGUCCAAUGGGAGCCAUUUCCUGUUGGUGUUCCCAGUCAUUUCCUGUGGGACUGAGGGACUGCUCCUGGGACAUCCCAAAGGGGUGCAGUACAAAAACAAGGUGUUAUUAUGGAGAGACAAGCCUCAUACCAUCCCGGCGCUCAAUGGCACAGGGAAAAAGUCCAAAAGUCCCCUCAGCAUACAUGAGAUAUCUUUCAGCUGUCUGGCUACAGUCUCCAGCCCCAGCAGCCCUGCUUCUGAAGAUGAUAACAGUGUAAACACUCCUCCGACAGGGCUGGUCCCCUGGGCACCCCGGGGUCCGGGGCCGGAUCCAGGACUGAGCCAGCCCCUGACACCCAGACAAAGAUCUGGGCCGGUUCUCAUUUUGAAGCUUUUUGUUUCUGAGCGCUACGAUCAGAAGCGGGUUGGCCCCUGUGUCAUCACUGCAAACCACCGUGUCUACUUUGAGAUUUCCGCCAAAGGCCCUUUUACAGAUGUUGUGGAGGUGAUGUCAUGUGUGGUCUCUCCUCUGUCAGACCCAAAAAAGUCUCCUUUCUGGACUGUCAUCAGCAACGGCUGUUCGUCAGACCCCUCACUGACCCUUGGUGUACAAACAAAAGGAGAAGAGGAGGAAGAAGGGAAUGGCGAACUGGAGGAGGAAAAGGAUGAAAGAGAAGACCGGGAUUAUAAGGAUGUUGAUGAUAAUGAUGAAAGUUUCUCCCUUCGCCACAAAAUGAGAAUAGGGAGCAAAGCAUCAGGAAGGAUGGAAAAGAGUAGCACAAGUAUGGAAGCAGAGGAGGAGAAUCUGUCCUUGAGAUUUAGUUUCCUCCUGCGGCCGGUUUAUAAUGACUCCAUGCAGUUCCUCCACUGCAGCCUUCGCCUGUGUGUCUCUGACUCCACAAAAGGGGGGCCCAUGAAAGAGGAGUCAGAGAAUGACUGUGAGGGUGGGCUACGUAUCCCCCCACUUGUAUCCAGGUCACCCAGGCAUCAGUGUGAGAUCAGAAACCUGUCCAGGCCUAUGGUGGUCACCCAGCGUAUUAGUUCACUGGCACCCAAAGUGUUGAGGCCUCCCACAGGCGCAAGAACCAAGAGACUUAGCGUCUCCCCACUGGCCAGCCCACAUCCAGAGCACAGCAGUUCUGUGGUGCAGACAGGACCAGUGAUGGGAAUCAUCUUUGCAGCCUUUGUGAUGGGCGUCAGCUUGGUCGGGGGGCUGUGGUGCAUUCACAGUUAUACAGGGGCUCGCCCAGCACCACUGGAACGAGAAGGUGAUUUAACAGACCAGACUCAUGGAGGCCACAUCAUCUGGAAUUCACCUUCACCGUCAGAUCAGUCCACCAGCUCUGUGUAGAGGAUUUCCUCCUGCAAAAUCUGAGAAAAAGGAGAACUAGGACAGAAGUUCAAAAAAAAAGUUUGUGUGUGUGUGAGAGAGCACAGCUGC